CAUAAGUGUUAUGCAUCAAACGUGGAGCCUGUCCCUCGUAUGAGCACUUGCGUCUUGGAUUUUUGUAAAUAUGCUGACAGCAGCUGCCUGUCUGGCUAAUGCAACGAGAUACAUUUCAGGAAAUCAUCCAUAGGUUAGGCGGCAUUUUGCUAUUUACAUGUAACAGAUUUUGGGAAAUGCAUGACGUAGGCCAGUAGAAAGGACGGAAAGUAGCCCAUGCCACAUCCUAUUCUUCUCCUCUAUUCUGGUAUUUACGGUAGAUCUACGUGCGUAAUAGUUCGUCUGUCCUGUUCAUUAGGUUACGCAUCAGAUUGUAUUGUGUCGCUGGAUGGUUGCGCUCUCUCUGUUUUUGCUAGGGUACUUAAAUAAGACGUGGAGGCAUUUAGCGGCCUAUCUCGAAUACAUUUCUGUCUGAUUUUGUCUGCGAAGUCAAAAUUCCCAUCUGUUUAGUCUGUUGCAGACACAAUGAUAGAGCUAGAGCUUUUCUACAGUCAGUUAUCCUCCAUCAUGGAGGUUCUGGUGAGAUCCGCUAUAGCAGACAUUGGCAAACUAAUGGAGGACUAUACAGCUUCGCUUUUAGAAAAAUCCCGAUGUCGGAAUGAAAGUGAAGCUGUGAAGCUGUGCACAUCUAUACAGUCAUGUCAGGGGAAUACAGGAACACCUCGAAAGGAAUUUACUGUUCUUGGCCAAAGACCUAAGGAAAACAUAAAGUGCAGAAGUGGCAGUGAUCAGGUGGCAACUCCACUCGAUGGUGGACAUAAAAACAAACAGAACCCUGGACAGACCACUUUGCAUCAGGACUGCAGAAUGUGGAAUGACCAGCAAUCCUCACAAGAAAACUAUCCACAGCAGGAGACAUGUGUCCAAGAACAUGUCAGCACGACCACUGUCUCUGUGAAGACUCAUUUAACCCUGAAAGAGGAGCACAGAGAGCCUUUGUCGUGUCGGAUUAAAGAAGAGAUGCAAUUGGAGGAUACCCUGUUGAACACAGUUCCUAGGACAGAAGAGGGCUGGAGUGAGCAACAUCAGGUGUGCAGCAUAAAGUUGGAGAGGCCAAGUCCCUGUAUUCAAAACUCACCACCAGGGGACAGCAUAGAGCCAUAUGGUCUCUCACUCACACAACAUCACCUGAGUCCGCUGCAGUCUAUCCACCAGAUGGAGACAGAGAAUCAAGGUCCUAACCCAGAUUUGGCUACAGACUUGUAUAUCAGUACCCUGGGUAGCCCCUUGCCGGACCACUUCUCUCACGGCACAUCCUACUCUGACUAUCCCCCAAAUUACCCUCUCCUACCUACAGAUCUUCAUGUCUCUGCUGAGAGAGCAGCACCAGGGCUUGGAGUCCCCGCUGGCCAUGGUAGUGAGGUGGCAUUGGCACAGAAGCCAAGAAAACCGUCCAUGCUUGAGCGCUUUGCAUGUAAAUAUUGUGGGCAGGGCUUUGCCUACCUCAGCCAACUGAAGCGGCACAUGCCCAAGCACACCAAAGAGCGGCCAUUCAGUUGCAGCCUCUGCGGCUUUCGCUUCACCCGGAUGAGCCACCUGAAGAGGCAUGAGAAGGCCCACACGGGUGAUCGCCCGUAUGCCUGCGAGGUGUGUGGCCGCAGCUUCAUCCGCAAGAGCCACUUGGACCAGCAUCUCAAAACACAUCGUAGAACAGCACUGCAGUAUAGUGUACAUUGAUUGUACACAAUAGUUCACUGCCACGGAGACAAAAACUGUGUUGAUGUGAGAUGGAAUUUUGUGUAUUUACUAAUGUGGAAAAAAAAGAUGUGCUGUUGAUCGUUGUAGAGACAAUAAAUGGAC